AUGGAAGAAAUUUAUGAAAAAAUAGCUUCAAAACAAAAUGAAUUGAUAUUGUAUUUAGAAAUUACAAACAGACCAAUUGACAAAGUCGCUAAACAUGUUGCUGCUUACCUAAAUAUAGAUCCUUUGAAAUUACUUUUUACAACAGCACAUCCAACAUCCGGUACACCUGAAUGUGUGAUUAAAGGGAAAAACACUCGAACAUUGUCAGAGAUUCUUGAAAAUACAGCGAAUUUUUUGUAUUAUGAGACAUUAGAUAUCAGUAUUAUGGAUUUAGAAACUAAAAUGAUCUUUAAAGUGUUUUGGCUUGGAAAAACUGUAAAAGAAAAGGAAAUGCUUGAAGUUUACCUCCCGAGGGAAUCUAUUGUUAAUGAUGUAUAUGAAGAAAUUUCAAAAAAAUUAAAUUUGACGAUACCCAAUAGUAGGAUAAGAUUGUAUGAUGUUAUGAGUUGCAAAAUUUUAAAUGAAUAUGAAUACAACGAUCCAAUAGAUAAAAUACAGGAACACUUUACAACAUUAUAUGCAGAGGAAAUACCAAAGGAAGAGAUCGAGCUAGGUGCUAAUGAUAGAAUUGUUCAAGUACAUCAUUUUACAAAGGAGCUGUUACGUUUACACGGAAUUCCAUUUAAAUUUGUUAUUAAAGCCGGUGAACUUUUCACUGCGACCAAGUUGCGUCUUCAAACGCGCCUAGGAAUGAAUGAAAAAGAUUUUUCUAAGGUGAAAAUUGCAAUCAUACAGGCUGUAUCAUAUACUAAACCUCAUUAUAUUGAUGAUGAUGGUUUUAUUCUAUCAGAUUAUAAAUGGAUAUCUGGUGAACGUCUAGGUCUUGACUAUGUAGACACACAAGACGUGUCUAAAGAGUAG